UGUGCAUUUAUCGAAAGCAGACUUAAGAAUAGCAGACACUGUAGUAGACUACAGUGUAACAUUUGGUUUCGUGCUAUUCAUAUGCUUGGACGUCCCAACAAUUCCUUCAGUUUUCUAUCAAAACUUUACAAAGUGAACGACGGAGAAAAUGGAUGAAUCCGUGUCGAGUUUAGUGUUUUACGUGAACGGUGCCAAGGUGGUGGAGGAAUCGGCGCAACCUGAAUGGACACUUCUCUUUUAUCUUCGCACUAAAUUGCGACUGACUGGUACGAAACUGGGUUGUGGAGAAGGAGGAUGCGGAGCCUGUACCGUUAUGAUUUCUCGUUACGACCGAACGGCCCAAACUAUCCUUCACUACGCCGUCAACGCUUGCCUGACCCCAAUAUGCGCAGUGCACGGUCUGGCCGUCACCACGGUGGAAGGUAUCGGCCAGCCAGGUGAUGUCGAAGGCCAACGACAACAACACAAGAGGCGACUCCACGCCGUCCAGGAGCGUCUGGCCAAAGCCCACGGCUCUCAAUGCGGAUUCUGCACCCCGGGCUUCGUCAUGUCCAUGUACACCUUGCUGAGGAGCAACAAGAAAGAGUUGCCAUCAAUGGCCCAAGUGGAGGAAGGCUUUCAAGGUAACCUUUGUCGCUGCACUGGAUACCGACCCAUAUUGGAAGGAUGUCGAACGCUAACUCGCGACGGUUGUUGCGGCGGCCAGGCCAACGGCAAUGGCUGCUGCAUGGACGGCCAGAACGGCCAGUCUCAGAGGAACGGCGACGACGAUUUGAACGGAAACCGGGACACGAUCCAGCGAUCCAUUUGCACGACUCUGACCAACGAGUCGGAUUUCCAAGAGUCUUACCUGGACAGUCAGGAGCCCAUCUUCCCGCCGUUGCUGCAGCUUAGCGAAGAGCUGGACCAGCAAUAUCUCAUCGUCAGGGGAGAGCGGGUCACCUGGUACAGGCCGACCCGACUGGACCAGCUCCUCCAGCUCAAAUCCCAAUUCCCGCACGCCAAAAUUGUGGUCGGCAACACGGAAGUCGCCCUGGAAAUGAAGUUCAAACAUUGCGACUAUCCAGUCCUCAUCAGCCCGGCAAUGAUCGCCGAAACGCUGGCCAUCGAACGGACGGAAGAGGGGCUGAUCCUGGGCGGCGCCGUGACUUUGUCGAUGUUCAAGGAAGAGCUGGAACGACAAGUCCAGCAGGGACCCAAAGAGUCGACCCGAUUCUUUUCGGCCUUGAAUCAAAUGCUGCACUGGUUCGCCGGAAAACAAAUCCGAAACGUGGCGGCCAUCGCCGGAAACAUCAUGACGGGCAGUCCCAUCUCGGAUUUGAAUCCGCUUUUCAUGGCGGCCGGAUGCGUCCUGACGUUGCAGAGUCACUCGAAAGGCAUCCGCUCGGUUACGAUGGACAACCAUUUCUUCACUGGAUAUCGACGCAACAUUGUCCAGCCGGAAGAGAUCCUGUUGAACAUUUCCAUCCCGCGCACCAAAGCGGAUGAAUACGUGAAUGGAUACAAACAGUCACGUCGCAGGGAGGACGACAUUGCCAUCGUCAAUGGUGCCUUCCGGGUCCUCUUCCAUCCCGGAUCCAGCAAGAUCCAGGAAAUGUCCAUGGCCUUCGGCGGCAUGGCGCCCACGACAGUCAUGGCCGUUGGGACGAUGGAUAAGCUGGUCGGCCGUUGCUGGGACGACGAUUCUUUAGUGGAGGAUGUUUGCCGCUGGAUGCUGGAAGACCUGCCGCUUCCGCCUUCCGUUCCGGGCGGAAUGAGUUCAUAUCGCCAGUCACUUUGUCUCAGUUUCUUCUUCAAAUUUCACCUCCAAGUCCUGAGGGAUUUGGUCGCCCGUCGGAUCGUGACCAGCUCCAUUCCGGACAACCUGUCGGGGGCUGAAUUGGAUAUCGAGCGCGGGAAAUUCAAAUCCGCCCAGCUGUUUGAACUCGUAUCGAAAGAUCAGCUGGAUUUGGAUCCAGUCGGCCGGCCGUUGGCUCACGUGGCCGGCGAGAAACACGUGACGGGCGAGGCCAUUUACUGCGACGACUUACCACCCGUGGCCGGUGAACUCCACAUGGCUCUCGUCUUGAGCAAUCAAGCCCACGCCGAAAUCGUCUCCAUCGAUCCAUCGGCAGCUCUGGAGCUGGAAGGCGUCCGAGGCUUCUUCUCGGCCAAAGAUAUCGCAUCCGGCCGGAACGUUUUCGGACCCAUCAUCCACGACGAGGAAGUCUUCGCUUCGAUACGGGUCACCUGCUGCGGCCAGGUGAUCGCCUGCGUGGUGGCCGACAAUCUGGUGCUGGCACAGCGGGCCAGUCGGCUCGUCCGAGUGACUUACAGUCCGUCUGAUGGUCCAGCCAUCUUCACCAUUCAAGACGCCAUCAAGAACAAUUCCUUCUACCAUGGCCACAGCCGUGAAAUCAUCCAGGGAGACGUCGAGGCCGGAUUCCGGAAUGCCCAGCACGUCCUGGAAGGAACUUUCGAGAUGGGCGGUCAGGAGCAUUUCUACUUGGAGACGCAAUCGGUUUUGGUCGUGCCAAAAGGUGAGGACGGAGAGAUGGACAUCACCAGUUCCACUCAGAAUCCAUCGGAGGUCCAGCAAGUCGUCGCCGAAGUCUUGGGCCUGCCGGCCAAUCGGGUCGUCUGCCGGGUCAAGCGAAUGGGCGGCGGGUUCGGCGGUAAAGAGACUCGAUCGGCCGUGCUGGCUGCUCCGGCCGCCGUGGCCUCCUACCGGCUUCAACGGCCCGUCCGUUGCAUGCUGGACCGUGACGAGGACAUGAUGAGCACAGGAAUCCGCCAUCCGUUUCUGGCCAAAUACAAAGUCGGAUUCGAUUCGACCGGCCGGCUGACGGCCCUCGACGUCCAACUCUUUUCCAAUGGCGGCAACACCAUGGACCUUUCCCGCGGCAUCAUGGAGAGGGCCGUCUUCCACAUCGACAACGCCUACCGCAUUGAGAAUCUCCGCUGUCACGGUAUCGUCUGCCGGACCAACUUGCCGUCCAACACGGCCUUCCGCGGUUUCGGCGGCCCUCAAGGCAUGGCCGUCGUCGAAAACGUCAUGGUAGACGUGGCCUCUUACCUGGGCCUGGAUCCCACGGCCGUCCGAUCGCUCAACCUGUACCGAGAGGGCGACAGCACCCACUACAACCAACGGCUGGACUACUGCACGCUGGAUCGCUGCUGGAACGAGUGCCAAGCUCUGGCUGGCCUGAAAGACCGCCGGAAGGAAAUUGAAAGUUUCAAUCGACUCCACCGAUUCAAGAAGCGCGGACUGGCCAUCAUUCCCACCAAGUUCGGCAUCGCUUUCACGGCCCUGUUUCUCAACCAAGCCGGAGCUCUGGUGCACGUCUACAAAGACGGAUCGGUGUUGUUGACCCACGGAGGGACUGAAAUGGGCCAGGGAUUGCACACGAAAAUGCUCCAAGUGGCCAGCCGAGCGCUCAACAUUCCCGUCGAUCUGAUUUUCAUCUCGGAGACGUCGACGGACAAAGUGCCCAACACGUCGCCCACGGCAGCCAGCGCCGGAUCUGACCUCAACGGCAUGGCUGUUCUUAAUGCUUGUCAAAUUCUGGUGGAUCGACUAGCGCCCAUCCGCAAAGCCCAUCCGGACGGAAGUUGGCAAGAGUGGGUCAUGCAAGCUUAUUUCCAGCGCAUCAGUCUCUCAACAACUGGCUUCUACAAGACUCCUGGCAUUGGCUACGAUUUCGCCACCAACAGCGGGUCUCCUUUCCGGUAUUUUAGUUUCGGCGCAGCUUGUUCUGUCGUUGAAGUCGAUUGUCUGACGGGCAACCACAGGGUAUUGAGGACGGAUAUAGUCAUGGAUCUUGGUGAAAGUUUGAAUCCGGCCAUCGAUAUCGGCCAAGUCGAGGGAGGAUUCGUUCAAGGACUGGGUUUGUUCACUCUAGAAGAACCGCUCUUCUCGCCGGCCAACGGCCAAGUCAUCACGCGUGGGCCGUCUAAUUACAAAAUUCCUUCCGCUGAUGACAUUCCGGAAGAGUUUAACGUCUCUCUUCUUCGAGGCUGUCCCAAUCCGCAUGCUGUUUACUCUUCUAAAGCCGUUGGAGAGCCACCUUUAUUCUUAGCAUCCAGCGUGUUUUUCGCUAUCAAAGACGCCAUCCAUUCGGCCAGAACUGAAUCCGGAUUAACCGGAAACUUCACAAUCAAUUCGCCCGCCACGGCCGAACGCAUUCGAAUGGCCUGCGAAGACCACCUGAUUCAGAAGGUUUCAAAGCCUGAACCGGGUACAUUUUUGCCGUGGGCAGCAUCGGUCUAGUUUGCUUUUUAUAGAUAAAAAAGCUAUAGAAUAUUCGUUGCAUGUUUGAUCGGAAAAUUUUGUUCGUGCAACUAUCACAAUUUUUUUAAAACUACAUAGGCCUACUCGUUGAAAAUUUAUGAAAUUAAUAUACGGAAAUAACUUGGAAAA